GCGGGCACGGCUGUGGCUCGGGCUCCUGGCUGCGCGCGGAGCGGGAGGGCUCUUCUCACACAAGCGCUUCCUCGCGGAGAGGUUGGAGCUGCGGCAGCCGCAGGCCUGGGCCGCCCCUUCUCUGCCGCCUCCUCCUCUUCCUCAGGGCUCCCCGGUCCGCUCGCCCUCCGACGCUGCCCAGGAAUUUCACAAGAAACUGAAGUUUUGAUCAAAAAAUAUUUUGAGUUUGAAACCAGACAUGUACUAGAGUUUAGAUUCUUUCAUUUAAUUAAGCUAUCAAAUGAACAAAGAAAACCAGAUACUUUCUUCAGAUAUCUGUCAACACAUGCAACUUUUGGUAUGGUCUGAAUAUGCGUUGCUUGGCAGCUCGGGUCAACUAUAAGACUUUGAUUAUCAUCUGCGCACUCUUCACUUUGGUCACAGUACUUUUGUGGAAUAAGUGUUCCAGCGACAAAGCGAUCCAGUUUCCACGGCACCUGGGUAGUGGCUUCAGAGUGGAUGGAUUAGAAAAAAGAGCAGCAGCAUCUGAGAGUAACAACUAUGUGAACCAUCUGGCCAAACAGUCCGAGGAGGCAUUUCUUCAGGAACAGCAGAAAGCACCCCCGGUCGCUGGGGGCUUCAAUAGCAAUGGGGGAAGCAAGGUGUUAGGACUCAAAUAUGAAGAAAUUGACUGUCUCAUAAAUGAUGACCACACAAUUAAAGGGAGACGAGAGGGGAAUGAAAUCUUUCUUCCAUUCAGUUGGAUAGAGAAAUAUUUUGAUGUUUAUGGAAAGGUAGUUCAGUAUGAUGGCUAUGAUAGGUUUGAAUUCUCUCAUAGCUAUUCCAAAGUCUAUGCACAAAGAGCUCCUUAUCACCCUGAUGGUGUGUUUAUGUCCUUUGAAGGCUACAACGUGGAAGUCCGAGACAGAGUCAAGUGCAUAAGUGGGGUAGAAGGUGUACCUUUAUCUACACAAUGGGGACCUCAAGGCUAUUUCUACCCGAUCCAAAUUGCACAGUAUGGGUUAAGUCAUUAUAGCAAGAAUCUAACUGAGAAACCUCCUCAUAUAGAAGUAUAUGAAACAGCAGAAGAUAGAGACAAAGCCAACAAGCCCAAUGACUGGACCGUGCCAAAGGGCUGCUUUGUGGCUAGUGUGGCUGAUAAGUCCAGAUUCACCAACGUUAAACAGUUCAUUGCUCCAGAGACCAGUGAAGGUGUAUCUUUGCAACUGGGGAACACAAAAGAUUUUAUUAUUUCAUUUGACCUCAAGUUCUUGACAAACGGAAGUGUGUCCGUGGUUCUAGAGACUACAGAAAAGAACCAGCUCUUCACUGUGCAUUAUGUCUCCAAUACCCAGCUGAUUGCUUUUAAAGAAAGAGACAUAUACUACGGCAUUGGGCCCAGGACUUCGUGGAGCACGGUUACCAGGGACCUGGUCACUGACCUCAGGAAAGGAGUGGGUCUUUCCAACACAAAAGCUGUCAAGCCAACCAAAAUCAUGCCCAAGAAGGUGGUCAGGUUAAUUGCAAAAGGGAAAGGAUUCCUUGAUAACAUUACUAUCUCUACCACAGCCCACAUGGCUGCAUUCUUCGCUGCCAGUGACUGGCUGGUAAGGAACCAAGAUGAGAAAGGUGGCUGGCCAAUCAUGGUAACCCGGAAGUUAGGGGAAGGGUUCAAGUCUUUAGAGCCAGGGUGGUACUCUGCCAUGGCCCAAGGGCAAGCCAUUUCUACGUUAGUCAGGGCCUAUCUAUUAACAAAAGACCACAUAUUCCUCAAUUCAGCUUUAAGGGCAACAGCCCCUUACAAGUUUCUAUCAGAGCAGCAUGGAGUUAAAGCUGUGUUUAUGAAUAAACAUGACUGGUAUGAAGAGUAUCCAACCACACCUAGCUCUUUUGUUUUAAAUGGCUUUAUGUAUUCUUUAAUUGGGCUGUAUGACUUAAAAGAAACUGCAGGAGAAAAACUCGGGAAAGAAGCGAGGUCCCUGUAUGAGCAUGGCAUGGAAUCCCUGAAAGCCAUGCUCCCCUUGUACGACACUGGCUCAGGAACCAUCUAUGACCUCCGGCACUUCAUGCUUGGCAUCGCCCCCAACCUGGCCCGCUGGGACUAUCACACCACCCACAUCAAUCAGCUGCAGCUCCUCAGCACCAUUGAUGAGUCCCCAAUCUUCAAAGAAUUCGUCAAGAGGUGGAAAAGCUACCUUAAAGGCAGCAGGGCAAAGCACAACUAGAGCUCACAACCAAAAGCCUAUUUCAGUCUCUGCUGUACACAGAAACUACGGGCCCUGCCAGCAGCGCAGAGGCACGUGUGGAAAGGUCGGAGACUAGGUUUCUGUGGAUGACAUCAAAGUGAUACAUGAUCCUUAAAACCAGUCUCCUGAGAUAACGGCAUUCCAUGGGAUGGGUGUUUAGAAUUGUAGGUGGCAUUCAGAGCAGGAAAGUGUUUAGUCAGGGGGCUGAACAGAAAUGUGUAAUCUUGCCUUGCUUAUCACCCUGUACAGUUCCACAGGUAGCCCAGUCCCUCUUAGUUUGGGGAAAUGAAUGGUAAGUAGCUGUUACUGGCCAACUGGCUAUCACUUACCUGAAAACUUAGUAUGGGGUGCUUUUAAAAUGUGAUUAUUUAUGUUUAUGUUGAAAGCAGACUUUAAAAAAAAUAAUGUGCUGUAAUACAGUGAAUAUUUACCUGUAGCCUGAAUAGUGGACUGUGUGCAACUUUUUUAAAUGAUGUGUGUGUUUUUUCUAUAGAUUAACUUCUUGGGGGCAAAUGAGCAUUUGUUGCUUUUGUUCAAUUUGUUAUAUAUGGAGAAUAUUUUGAAUUUCUGGUUUUCUUGAUGUGUAAAUUAAAACACAGUCGGUGUUCAGGCUUCACAGUUAUGUAAUGUAAGCACAACUAAAAUGAAACGUGUUGACUGCACAAGAAAUUACAAAAAUAUUAUGUUUUAUGAAACUUGAUCUACAAUCAGUAAAGGUUUGAUAAUCAGACUAUCCCUCCCCAAUCUCCAUUGUGAUUGGUUUCUUUUGUUGUUAUCUAGAAUUUUCUAUUUCAAUUCAGACUACACACAAGAGUUUUUUCUAUUUGGGGGGACAUUUUUGGUUCAUUAUUUAGGAAAUUUUAUUAUAUAUAAACCUAAAUUUGGAAAGGAGCUAGUAAUUCUAAUAAGUCCACAUCUUUAGGAUUUUCCCCCUUAAGAAAAAAUACUAGAUUAGAUAUUACAUACAAGAAUCACAGAAGGGGUUUUUUCCUACUUAGAUCAUUCUUGGUCAACUUUUGAAAUCAUUGACUGCGCAUCAUUGUUUUUCCUUUGCAAUUUUAAUUUUAAAUUAUUUAAGCUCUUGGAUAGAAGUGAUGUUACUGCAUUUAUUGUAUAUGUAAUCAGACUUUAUUUGGCUUUUAUAUCUCACUAUACCCUUAUAUGCCUAUAGGUUUCUUACCCCACAUACCCUGGGCAGUGUCUGCUGUAGGGCUUCAAGCAUUAGGUCAGAACCAAAGGAGGUUGAUUUUUCUGUCUUUUGUUUUAAUGUCUGACAGUACACUAAAUCAGUACUAUAACUUAGACAGAUUGGAAUAUGAGACCCCACACUUUCAGGGGUCACCACAAACAGUGCAGUUUAUUGGUGACCUGUAUUAAAUGCACAUCACAACUCUAUUUUACCCACAACAAAACAGUUGUGGGUUAUUAGUUUUCCCCAUAGCUUUUGACCUUUGUAGUUCUUCUAUAUUAGAUGUCUUAACAAGAACAUCUGAAUGCCUUCAUUUUUAAUUUCAGUGCUCAAAAAUAAACGUUCUCCAAUCCGGGAACCCUUUUUACUUCAUUGUAUUUCUUAUUAUAUUAGAACAGUCCAGACUGCCUUGUGUUUGCAUACUGGUACUUCAGAUUAAGGGAAUCAACAAAAACAAUAUGGUACUGCUUCUGUGACAAAUAUCAGUGCCUUAACAAUGUGUCUGUCCUUUUCCACUGAAAAAGGAAAGGCAUUUUGAUCUAGAAAUGGCAUUGCUAUUUCAUUGCUGUUGGUUUCACACUGCCUUCCACAUUGCAACAGCAACUGGAUUUUUCUUGUGAUCCCAGAAUUUUCUAAGAGAGUGAGUUGAACCUAUAGCAGCACCAUCAGUACAAACUAUUGGUUCUCAAACUUCACGAUGUCUCAGAACCACCUGGGAACCCACUGAAAUACAGAUUCCAGAUAUUCAGUAAAUCUGCCUGUGAACCAUGGUAACCUGCAUUUUUAACAAGCAUUCAGGUGAUUCUGAUGCAGGUGAUCUGGGGGCAUACGUGGAGGAACACUGCCCAAGACCAUCCAUUGCACUUUUGUUCCUAAACACCUAUGGAGUUUUCUAGGGUUUUUAAUCAUGAAAAAUGUUUACUUACUCUGUGCUUAGAGAGAAUGGGGAAGGUGUUUUGAAGUUUUAUUUUGUUUCUUUAAAUUUGUCUUUGUUUCAAGAUUAUGGGUAUUAGUUUACACUUAUCUUGAGUUAGCUUUGAUGUUAAGUUAAAUCUAUUGCCACUUCAGUUUUGAAACCAGCCAAAAGUUUCAGAUAAAGGUCAAGUUUGACCCGUUAGCAGUUACUGUACAUAAAGGCUUCAUCCAAAAACCAUCCAGUGUAUGUGAGCAAAUACAAAAAAUGACACUCAAGCACAACUCUCGAGAUGUGGCAGUCCUUUUUCUUUGUCGCUGUACAAACUUCCACUGAAAGCUGCUAUCCGCAUCCUCCUUGUAAUUGUUUUUCUUGUUUUUCCUCCAUCGUACAUGUGGGUUAUAUACCAUGUGUUAAAUAUGCAAUAAAGUGUUUACUGGAUGCCCUUCUGAAGGGUAGUCCUUUGUAAAGCUGUACAGACUUUGCAGUUUAAGCACAAUGUGCACAUGUUAGUUUUAUAUACAGCAAAACUUGAUUUUUUGCAGAUGGAAAGGUAUUUUGUUUCUAUACAAAGUAAAUGGAUUGUGCUGAAUGUAAAGCUGCUUUAUAAAAUUGUAAAAUAAAGUUUUUAUCCUAAAAGGAA